UAUCAACUCAUAUCACCGGAGUGGCUUCCCUAUUUUAUCUUCAAUACAUGGUUCUUUCCUAAAAAUCGGCCUAGAGACUACCCACUUGAUUGAUCCGCACCUUUGCUCCUUCCUCCAUAGUCCCCGAGCAACACCGACAACUUACCGGCAAGAUCAUAUAUCAUCGAUUCUUAUUUGAAAUUUUAUUUUCCUCUCCCCUCACACAUUUAAAAGAUGUCUAGGCAACGCCCGAACUUUGUUCAGCGGUUCGUCCCUGAUAUCAACCGGCUCUUUGUGUUCCCAAAUAGCAUGAUGUCGCCACAUCAGCAAGGUGCUAAUGGCUCUAUGGAUCCUCACACUCUGAGCUACGAGGGUAACAACCUCAAUGAUCUCACGCGUCGCCAGAUGAUUGAGGAUAUCGAGGCCUACCGUUACGACUUAGAUUUCUGCCGUAACCAACUUGCAGCGCCUGAUCUCACAGCGCAAGAGACUAGAACCCUUCAGAUCCGAGUUCUAGACUGUGGCCACAACAUCCGGCACUGCCAGCACAGAAUCCAGCUGAUAGAAGCCCAGGAGGCACGUAGAGCCGCCGUCUCCGUCGCCGCUCCCACAGCCGGCAACCACCGACAGCACCGGAUCUCCAACGCCCCCAGCGUCAGCGUGAAGCGCAGGUUAUCCGCAGUAGACAGCGACGAUGACGACGACGGCAAGGCGGACAUCAGCCUCGACGGCCCAGGCACGAACAACGUCCAGCGCCUCGGAUUCUGGAAGUGUCGGCUGUGCGUUUCGAGAAAAUUCCUUGAUGCGGGCACCAACCGCGUGCCUAGUGCGCCGUGCAAGUGGCCCUUGAAGGACGUCUCGAAGAUUCUGAACCAUUACCUCGACAUGCACACCGAGCACGCGGUCGAGGAGCGUUGCGCUGAGCUCGGUGCUGCGCUUGCGCAUAACCGAGGACCAUUCGAGUACUGGUUAACCCGUACCCGAGGACAAGACCUGUCGGAGGAUAGCUCGGUCAUCGAUACUUACAUCGAUAUCCUCCAAUCCGGAAGCUUGCCGGAACCCCUCCGCGGUCUCAGUCGAGCGGCUGCUAAAUUCCCACCCACGGCUGUUGGGAUGUAGGUAGCGAUGAUUCAGUCACCUAUAGUACCAGUUUCUAACAUCUCAGAAGUCAUGAUAUAUUAUCAGGGAUGGGAUAGACGACUUGGGAUAUGCAUGGAAAAACUAAGGCCGGGGGGAUACGGAUAAGGGCUCAUUUAGGUGCGUCAAGUUCGGAGGGGUAGGCAUCGUGGAUUUCAUCUUUGAGACGAAUGCAUUCUAUCAUGGCAUGGCGUUAGGAGUUGUCUCUAGAUACGGCUUUCGAUCUGCGGGCUCCACGGUCAGGCAAUGUUAAAAUAAUAUCUAAGUCCUUUUAAGAAGGGGCUGCAAUGUCAUUACUAUAGCACGUCGUUGCGU